AUGUUUUUAUCGGAUAACGGAGGGAGCAUGUCGAAAUGCUUAUCGACCCUCAUGUUCUUCGUCGCUUUAGUCGCUGGUCAGACUUCCACGGCUUCUUUCACGCCCUCGAAUAUUACUUUACCGGCUUCAAUGACUGCUCCUGAUAUUGAAUUGACUUUGACAUCCGGAACUGAUUUCGUAUUGACCCACGAUAUGUACAACAUCGCCCCGCUCACUUCAUCGGCAGGCGCUGGACAAGACACCAAUUCUUUGACUACACUUCAUAUCACUCCGGCAAACAUCACACUCACAGAUGCAACUUCUGCGAGUAAUUUAUCGAGAGGCGAUAUAGCAUACAUGAGUUGCGAUCCGAACGAGACCUCUAACAUCGAUUCAACAGCUGCUAUUAUCAUGGCAGGAAACGCGAGGCCAAAAGCUAUACUUUUGUAUAGCUUGUAUUCUCAAGAGUGCAUAGUCAGCAGCGGGGAAUCUAGCUAUGGAUCGAUUUACACAAUGGUAUCUGCCUCGGAUUCAAUGGAUUUGCUUAAAACUUUACAAGACUUCACUCCUGGCUCAUUAUUAGCUGCAUCGAUUGAUUCCAACCAGAGUUCAAGCUCCUCAAGUUCAGGAUCGCAAACGAGCAAUAAUGGAGGACCUCCACCAACAACAGCAGUUGCCAUGAGCAUUUUAUACAGUAUCACUGGAAUAAUCACCUUGCUAUUCUUGAUAAUUAUAGGGACGGGUGCCAUCCGUGCCCAUCGACAUCCGGAAAGGUAUGGACCCCGAACCGCUUUUCCAGGAAGGCCAAGACAGAGUCGAGCAAAGGGUCUUGCGCGAGCUAUGUUGGAAACUUUACCUAUUGUGAAAUUUGGGGACCCAGAACCGGUAAAACCAGGGAGUGGUGAUAUCGAAUUGGAGAAUGGCAGUGUUCAUCAUGAUCCUGUUGCCACUGCAACCAAUUCUAAGGUCGAUGACACCCCUAAACCUCCUGGUGCUGCGGCAUUCGUUGGCACUACUGUACACUCAGGGAUGGGAUCAGAAGCACAGCCUACUUCCGAAGUCAACGAGGCCUCAGCAGCUCCCAAGGAGGGGGAGCUUCUACAAUGUUCGAUUUGUACAGAAGAUUUUGCUACGGGUGAAGACGUUCGAGUCCUUCCAUGUCAUCACAAGUACCAUCCUGCUUGCAUAGAUCCUUGGUUAUUGAAUGUUUCGGGAACUUGUCCAUUGUGUCGUCACGAUCUUCGACCUACAGCAACUCAUGCCCAGAACGGAGAUGAUGAGCUUCCACCUCCACUCAAUACACGUGAAGGCGAAGCAACUAGUCAACACACAGCUGGUAAUUCGGAAAGUGGAGAGGUAAGCUCUCGUCAACGCCUGUCUCGUCUCAUACGUCUUCGUCAUGCUCCCCCUGAAGAGAGCAUUGCCACUCUUCGCGAGUUGGCGCGCGAGCAAUCUCAACAAGGAGGUAUUGGGCCAAACCAAGAUGCAACCGAAGAGCAAGGCAGAAGAGCUAGAUUGGCUGGUCGACUCCGAAGUACUUUUCGGAUAAGAACACGACCACAAGCCGUUCCUUCAACUGAGCCCAACGCGGCAGCAUAA